AUGGCGUUGAACAAACUAAGGAUUGAUUCAGUCGAUGUGGCUGGCAAGCGUGUGUUCAUCCGCGUCGAUUUCAAUGUGCCACAAGAUAAGAAGGACCCAAGCAUCAUCACCAACACGCAGCGCAUUGAUGCGGCAUUGCCCACCAUCAAGUAUUGUCUCGACAAGGGUUGCAAAUCCGUCGUGCUCUGUUCACACCUGGGCCGACCGGAUGGAAGUGUCGUUGAGAAGUACUCGCUGGCUCCGGUCGCAAAGUGCGUCCAAGAAAAGUUGGGGAAGCCAGUCACCUUCCUGAAGGACUGCUGUGGCCCAGAGGUUGAGGCCGCCUGCGCCAAUCCUGCGCCGGGGUCCGUGAUCCUGCUGGAGAACUGCCGCUUCCACGUGGAGGAGGAGGGCAAGGGCCAGGACAAGGAUGGAAACAAGAUCAAGGCCGACAAAGAGAAAACGAAGGAGUUCCGAGCUUCCAUCGCCAAAUUGGCGGACGUCUACUGCAGCGAUGCCUUUGGCACGGCUCAUCGUGCUCACAGCUCGAUGGUGGGUGAGGGCUACUCCGUGAAGUGCUCUGGGUUCCUGGUGGCCAAGGAACUGGAGGCCUUCGCGAAGGUUUUGGACAGCCCGGUGAAGCCGGUUUGUGCAAUUCUGGGCGGGGCCAAGGUGACGGACAAGAUUCAACUCAUCAAGAACAUGCUGGACAAGGUGGAUGCCAUGAUCAUUGGCGGCGGCAUGGCCUUCACUUUCAUCAAGGUGCUGCACGGCAUGAGCAUCGGCAACUCCCUCUUCGACGAGGAGGGGGCGAAGAUCGUGCCGGAGAUCAUGGAGAAAGCCAAGGCCAAGGGAGUCGAGAUCGUGCUGCCCAUCGACUUCGUGAUCUCCUCCAAGUUCGGGGAGGACGGGGAGAUCAAGACGGCCACGCUCGCCAGCGGCAUCCCCGAGGGCUUCAUGGGCCUCGACUGCGGCCCCGAGAGCAACGCCUUGAACUCGGCGACCAUUGCAAGGAGCAAGACCAUUGUCUGGAACGGGCCCAUGGGCGUCUUUGAGAUGGCCGCCUUCGAGACGGGCACCAAAGUGAUGAUGGACAAGAUCGUGGAGGUCACCAAGUCCGGCGCGGUCACGGUCAUCGGAGGGGGCGACACCGCCACGGCCUGCAAGAAGUAUGACACGGAGGACAAGGUCACCCACUGCUCCACCGGGGGUGGUGCUUCCCUGGAGCUCCUGGAGGGCAAGGUGCUGCCGGGCGUGGCUGCUCUGGACGACGCGCCGGCCGGAGGUGCCUUCCAAAUCCUUCAAGUUCGGGCAAGGGAGAUCUUCGAUUCCAGAGGCAACCCCACCGUGGAGGUGGACCUCUGCACUCCGAUGGCUCUCUUCCGUGCGGCGGUGCCCAGCGGCGCCUCCACCGGCAUCUACGAGGCGCUGGAGCUGCGCGACGGUGACAAGGGCCGGCUGCUGGGGAAAGGGGUGCUCAAGGCCGUGGCCAACGUGAACGAGAUCAUUGGGCCGAAGCUGGUGGGCAUGGACGUGCGCGAGCAGAAGCUGAUCGACGAGGUCAUGGUUCAGCAGCUGGACGGCUCCAAGAACGAGUGGGGUUGGUCCAAGUCUAAGCUGGGUCAUGGCCUCCGCUUCUCUUGGCUAUCGAAUGAAGGGACGGACAGUUUCCGCCGUGAGGUGCCAAUGCAAUCCUGGCCGUGUCCAUGGCGGUCUGCCGUGCUGGCGCAGCUGCGAGCCAGGAACCCGGCGAGAGCUCACGGCAGCCGCGAAACGGCCCGCACUUGCACUCUUGGUGCUGUCAACACCCAAUCCUCCGAGUGCCCAGCUGGAGGCCAGAUGCCCCUUUACCAGUACAUCGCCAAGAUCUCUGGCAAGCCAACAGACAAGCCUGGGGCCUGA